AACACCGCUUAUCGAUCUUUCUCUCCUCUUUCUCUUUCUCUUCCUUACCCUCAUCUCUCUUCGACAAUCUCAAGGCUAAUACUCUUUACAUCUCUCUUCGUCUCUUGUCGAUCUUGCAUCGAUUUUCUGGCAUCUGGCAGCAAUCCCUCUUUCCUUUCCCUCUCUACUUGCGGCACUCUUGGUGUCGCCUCAAGAACCCCUCGUCGUCGGCAGAUGUAAUCGAUUAGUAUCGAUCAACACGAGACCUGGUCGGACGAAGCAGCUAGCAACCUUGGUACAACCAUUUUGUCAUCGAUCCCUACCAUUCAACCAUUGAUCCAAGCCCGAAAUGACAGAGAAUCCAGAGCAAGAGCAGAAGCAAGCCAGUCCAGAGCCAGCUCCCGAGGCUGAGGUGGACAAGUUCGACUUGAGAGGAGCAUGGUGGCAAGUGCUAGGCGGCUUCCUAAUCUUCUUCGUCAUCUGGGGCCUUCCCAUCUCCUUCGGCGCGUUCCAAGACUUCUACACGCUGCAUUACCUCUCCACGUAUCCAGCAUCGGCAAUCGCAUGGAUUGGAACGGUGCAAGGCGCGCUCCUGGUAGCCGUCGGCCUCCUGUCGGGCCCACUGUACGACCUCGGAUACUGGCGCCUCCUCUACGCCACUGGCGCGUUCAUGUGUGUCUUCGGCCUGAUGAUGCUGAGUCUGUCCACCGAGUACUACCAGGUCAUGCUAUCCCAGGGCUUCUGUAUCGGCAUCGGGUCCGGCCUCCUCUACAUCCCCGUCCUGACCCUGAUCGGCGCGGCCUUCAAAAAGCAGCGCGCGCUAGCAAUGGGCGUCAUCACCUCCGGCAUUGCCCUAGGCGGCAUCAUGUACACCCUCAUCUACCUCUACCUCCUCAACACCCUAGGCUUCGGCUGGAUGGUGCGCGUCAUCGGCUUCGUAAGCCUAGCAGCCUUCGCCAUCGCCGCUCCAACCCUCCGCCUCGGCAAGCGACGCGCAGGCACGAGCAGGAAACUCUUCGACCGCGCAGCCCUGACCGACGUGCCCUUCCUCCUCUUCACCCUGGCGCAAUUCUUCGUCUUCCUGGGCUACCUGGUCCCGCUCUUCUACAUCCCCACCUUCGCGCAAGUGGCGCUGCACACGUCGCAGUCGACAGCCCUCUACAUCCUCAUCGGAUCGCAAGGAGCCUCGCUCUUCGGCCGUCUGGCAGCCACGUAUGUAGUGCGAUACGUAGGCGUGAUGGUCCCCUGGGCAGGCUGCUGCUGUGCCUCAGGCAUCCUAUGCUUCGCCUGGAUCGCUAUCACGGAGCAAUCAGGCUUCAUCGCUUUCGCGGUCCUUUAUGGCUUCUUCUCUGGUGCUCUGGUUGCGUUGCCGCCAAGUUUGUUCCCUUCCAUUUGUCCCGAUCCGAGCAAGCUCGGCAGCAGGCUGGGAAUCAGUUGGACGUCGACGGCCGUUGCGUUUCUGAUCGGGAGCCCGAUUGCGGGGGCGGUGAUUGAUGUCGGCACUGCGGAUUUCUUGGGGGCGCAGGUGUGGAGUGGGAGCAUGUUGCUUUUCAGUGUUUUGCUGCUGGGGGCUUUGUGGAUCAUGCUGGCGCGGAAGUUGAAGCGAGUUCUUAUUUGAGCGAUAGCAGAAUGAGCUGGGAUGAGUUGUGGUGUCGAGAGCUUUCUUGCUCUGUUUAGAUGGACGAUCUGUUUGUUCACACUUCAUAGAGAGAGAGAGGAAACGAA